CAUUCGAAUCAAUGAUUUGACAUCACAGUCAAAGUGCUCGCGCUGGAAAAAUGGUGCAAAGCUCUGUUAAAUAUAAAGCACUAUCAAGCGUUGUGCAAGAUGAAAACGAGAGCGAUUAUGACGAAGAGGAGGACGGUGAAGAAAUUACUAUACAUUUUCAGUCGCCCUUCAUUGAUCGGCAAAGAGGGAAAAGGACAAGGGACAUCUGUAUCAGGGUCAUGGUGGCCCUGAUUCUUCUGGGAAUAGUUUUUGGAUUUAUGGUCAAUGAGUGGAAUGGGUAUUGGUCUAGCAUUGAGGGACAUCAGAACCUGUCACAUCACCAGGUGCUUGACAAAUCGAACAAGACCUUUGAGGUAAAGGACCAUGACCACCACAACCACCUUCAUGGAGAACAUGAAGAUGAUGAUGAGGAGGAGGUCAAGACAAACAAGAACUCUGAAGAAAAGCAGCAGGAACACCACCAUCAUGGAGAACAUGAUGAUGAUGAGGACAAGACAAACAAGAACUCUGAAGAAAAGCAGCAUGAACACCAUCAUCAUGGAGAACAUGAUGAUAAAAAUGAUGAUGAUGAGGACAAGACAAACAAGAACUUUGAAGAAAAGGAGCACAACCACCACCAUCAUGGGGAGGAAGAUUAUGAUGACAAUGGCCACAAUCACACAGAUGGAGAUGAUCACCAUAAUCAUAGUCACAGUCAUCUGUACCACAAUGCUGCUAUCAUCACAGACUCGGAUAUCUGCUCCAAUAUUGGAAAGGAUAUUCUUCGGGAGAAAGGGAAUGUGGUAGAUGCAGGGAUUGCUGCUUUACUCUGCCUAGGAGUUGUCCACCCACACACUGCAGGAUUAGGUGGAGUGUUUUCAGCUAUUUUAUAUAAUCACACUACAGGAUCAUUUAAGGCAAUACGUGACACCUCUCACAAAUUGCCUACUUAUGGAGCUCCCUCGCUGUUGCAGGGCCUUAGACUUCUGCACUCAAACUAUGGGCUUUUAGAAUGGAAAAAGCUUUUUGAAGGUGCCACGAAAGUUGCUAAAGAUGGUUUCCAUAUUGAUGGAAUCCUCUCCAGGGCUUUGGAAACCCUCAAGGAAAAAAUCCUCCAAUCAAGACCGUGUGAUGUGUUCUGCAAUACGACUGGCCAUGUGAAAUCAGAGGGUGCACACAUCACCAAUGCAAAUCUAUCAGAACUUUUGCUGAGUGUCAGCCUAAAUAGCUCCCAUUUCCUGGAAAUGCUGGCUGUAAAAUUGGCUCAAGACAUUUCUGAAGCUGAGAGACCAGCUUUUCUCACUGCUGUUCAGGCCGGCAGCGGGGAAAUCAAUGAGCCCCUUAUCACGGAAAAAGAGAAAUAUGCCAUUCUCUCAGCCCCCUCCCAGCUCACAGGUAGAAUGGUAUCCAAUAUAUUAGACAGAGUCAGGGAGCAAAACCUUUCCUUUCAGACCGAUGGAGGUUUUAACAAUGCCAUGGCAUCCUAUAACACGCUUUUACAUUUGGCACACGAAUUCAUCAACACAAGCCUGAGUGAGAUAUUGACAUUAAAUACAACAAGCAGUCACAUAGGGGCCCUUGAUAGUCAUGGCAAUUUUAUAGUAAUCUCCACCUCGCUCAACAGCACAUGGGGAUCUGGGCAAUACUUACCGAGUAGCGGAGUCUUUCUCAAUGACUUUACCUCAAACAUCACUCAGUUGCCUUUUUUCAGUUUUCCUCUAGUGGUAAAGAUUAAAGGUGAAGAUGAUGCAAAUGAUCAUGACAAUAAUGGUGAGGCACAGGAGGAUGAGAUGCAGUUUGUUGCUGUGACUGGAGGGCUGUCUGCCCUUUUACAGUCUGUGGUUAUGCUGAGGAAGCUGGUGGACUUUGGAAUGUCUGCUCCUGAAACGGUGAACAGUCCUCUUCUUUAUAUAAAGCCCGGAGGUCCCAAGCUUCUGUCUGGCUGUAUGUGUGUUGUCACAAAUGGCUCUACAUUCUACAGUAUGCAUUCAGAAGGUGAUGGGCAGGUACAGAAGGUGCAUGGAUGCUCAGACCAAUUUCUAUCCAUGCUGCUGCAGCUGAAAGCAGAACAUAUAGGAGUCUAUGGAGUCCCUACUACUGAGGUCCAUGCCGAUGGAUACUAAGGCAAAUACAUAAUGUCUGGACAGUUAAAAAAUAUCAUUGUACACUCACUGAGCACUUCAUUAGGAACACCUGUACACCUACUUAUUCAUGCAAUGAUCUAAUAAGCCAAUCUUGUUGUAACAGUGCAAUGCAUAAAAUUAUGCAGAUAUGAGUUAAGAACUUAAUUUAAUGUUCAAAGCAACAAUCAGAAUGGGGAAAAAUUUAGACUGUGGCAUGAUUGUUGGUGCCAAAUGGGCUGGUUUGAGUAUUUCUGUAACUGCUGAUCUCCUGGAAUUUUCACACACAACAGUCUCUAGAGUUUAUUUAUAAUGGUGCCAAAAACAAAAUCAUCCAAUUAGCUGCAGUUCUGCAGAUGGAAACACCUUGUUUGAUGAGAGAGGUCAACGGAGAAUGGAAAGACUGGUUGGAGCUGACACAAAGGCUAAGGUAAAUCAGAUAGCACUCUGUAUUGAGCAGAAUAGCAUUUCAGAAUGCACAACACGUCAAACCUUGAAGCGAAUGGGCUACAACAGCAGAAGACCAUGUCGGGAACUUUAUUAAGGCCAUAGUGUUCUUAAUAAUGUGUUAAGUGAUUGUCCAUCCUUCCAUCUUCAACCGCUUAUCCGAAGUCGGGUCGCGGGGGCAGCUGCUCCAGCAGGGGGCCCCAAACUUCCCUAUCCCGAGCCAUAUUAACCAGCUCUGACUGGGUGUGAAUGUAAAUAAAUUACUGUAUAUGUUGCACUUUAUGAGGCUUAUUAAUCGUACUCCACUUGACUUUUGUUAUGUCCAGCCUCACAAUAGUGUCUAUAUUCGGUACAUUGGGAAAACUAUCCUAAAAAAUGUGCUUCAUGUGGUAACAUCUAAAUUAACUGGUUAGAUAAAAUUCAAAAAUAUGAUUUAACCUGUCUAAAUCAGCCUGAAUAAAUAAGGUAAGAUCAGAUAGAAAUAGCUCAUAACAUUGCAUGCUAAAACUUUUUUCAGUCUAUGUAAAUGUGACAUUUCCUUUUUUUUAU